AUGGCGGACGGUCACGUUUUUAGAGCUCUUAGAUGCUGGAUCAUUCUGCUUUAUUUCUACGUUUGUUUCUCUGGUGCACUCCUUCCCAAGGCUAAUCCUGACCUCGAUAUAUCUGGUGAUACUCUUCUCUUCAUUUCUCACGGUCUGACGACAGUGAGAAUUCAACCUUUUAACCAUCGGUCACCGAGCUCGCAACAUGCAAAGAAUCUCCAGUUGCCGAAUUCAAGACUUCUACUCCUUGGAUGCCGUUUUGCGAUUAAUUCCUCUCUUUCCUUACUACUCAUUCGUCUCGCAAAUGAUGUUGAACUUCAACCUGGUCCUGUUGGCUCCUCUAGUUCACAUGACAUCCUGUCUGAUCUUCGGGAUUUGUCAACGAAAAAUGGGCUUACAAUUAUUCAUCAAAAUAUCAGAGGCCUCGUGGCGAACAGGGAUAGUCUAUGCCAAAUGAUCGAUGAUUCCAAGCAUAUAGACAUCAUAUCCCUCAGUGAGACUCAUCUAUCGGACAGUGAAGAGGCUCAAGUUCAACUGGAUGGCUAUACGUUCAUUAAUAGACCAAGGAAAACAGGCAAAGGUGGAGGUGUGGGAGUUUAUAUCUCCUCUUCUGUCCCCUUUCAUAGAAGACUAGACCUGGAACGCGAUGGGAUCGAAUAUUUUGAAAAUAAACUGGAGUCGAUGCUUUCUGCUGUAUCAUCUGAAAACAAAGAAUGCAUUUUGACAGGCGAUAUCAACUGCAACUAUUUGGUAAGCUCAGACAACAAAGAACUGAAGGCAAUGCUAUUGUCUUUUGGCCUUAAACAGCUAAUCAAGGAUCCCACGAGGGUAACGCAAGAUUCAAAAACACUGAUAGAUGUGAUUUACACAAAUCGCCCUCAGAAUGUUUAUAGUGUUAAAGUCAUUCCCGCCGGCUUAAGUGACCAUGAUAUGAUUGGUUGUGUCCGGAAGCUGCAUAACCAUAAAUUCCAGCCAAGAACCAUCACCUGUCGAAACUAUGCUAAUUAUGAUCCUAUAUCCUUUUGCAAUGAUUUACGGUCCAAUAGUUUCACACCUGUCUUUAAAUCCUCCUGCGUUAAUGAAGCAUGGUCUUUUUUGAAAGCCAUUCUGAAAGAAUGUAUUGAUAAGCAUGCGCCAGCUAUAAAGAAGAGGAUCAAAGGGAAACUCAGCCCAUGGCUUACACAGAAGGUAAAGCAAGAAAUGAAUACCAAAGAUCAGCUUUUGAGAAAAGCGAGAAAGACAAAUCGUGAAAUUGACUGGUCUUCGUACAAGCGCCAACGAAACAAAGUUAACGGUAUGGUAAAAAAUUGCAAAAGCAGGUAUCACCGUGAACUCUUAGAGGAGACUGUGGGUUCACCUAACAAAUUUUGGUCAGCUAUUAAAAAACUAUACCCUACAAAGUCUACAAAGGAACCAGGAGCAGCUUUUCUCGUUAAUGAAGCAGUAGAAACCGACAAAGAGGUUAUUGCAAAUUUGUUCUGCAAAUUCUUCACUGACGUUGCGCGAUCUCUAAAAAGAAAGAUCUUCCCUCUUUGCAAUUUUGUCUGGAAAAGGCCCCUUACAAUAGACACCCAGCAGCCGCUAGAGAACUUUGAGUUUAGAUCAGUCUCGGAAAAGGUUGUCUUUAAUGCAUUAAAGAGCCUUAAGAGAAAUAAGUCCUCUGGCCUUGACAACUUUCCUUCUGGAAUGUUAAAGGACUCUGCUGAUAUAAUAGCCAAGCCUCUCACGCAUAUAAUUAACCUGUCUCUCGCAACAGGCUCUAAAAUUCAUGAGCAAUGGGCAGAAAUGAAGGACAUCAUGGCGGCCAAGCAUGCGCAGAGUUUUCCUAAUGCCCUUUAA